CCUUUGGCACAAUGGGGGGUGAAGACGCCAUCUGCAAACUCACACUUUGAGGUUUUACAUUAAUUAGUCAUUAAAAGCGGAGGCGUACAGCGGCAGCACGGGGUUAACGAAUAUCUCGGUGUAUUAUUGUAACAUCAAAUUUAAAUCUGCCUGUCGUCUAGCUCGCCUUCUGCAGGUAUAAAAGACGGCAGCAAGAGACACGAGAUCAAGAGAGGGAAGAAGACGGUUCUUCGGACUGGGGGGGAGCGACCGAAUUACUUACUGGAUUAACUCUGUAAUAUUGGACAAGCAAUUGCGUUUCCCUUUAUAUUGGUUUUACAUAUAUUGAAAAACAUUCUAUUUUCUGUUUUCCCCGCAAUGAAAACAUCUGAAACUGUAGAUUGCGUUUGUCACUGUGGAAUAACCUGAUCUUUGCGGUCCAGUCCCUUAAGAAUCUUCAUUUUGAGGCUCUGGUCUAGGUCUCCCGAUAUAUUUUAUCUUGCAGCUAUGGGCCUGUGCUUUGGUUCGCAUUCUCGGGGUUUAAUGACUCCUGCCCAGGUGUGGCGCUACUACACCGGCUCAGGUGGCUGCGCGAAGACCGAAGACGAGGAGUCGCCGAGCACGGAGGAGGACUCGCGGUCUUUCCAGGGGAGUGGGGUCUGUAAAUGGUUUAAUGUGCGUAUGGGGUUCGGCUUUCUUUCCAUGACGAACAGAGAGGGUAUUCAACUGGACACCCCGGUCGACGUGUUCGUCCACCAGAGCAAGCUGCACAUGGAGGGUUUCCGCAGCCUGAAGGAAGGGGAGGUGGUGGAGUUCACCUUCAAGAAGUCGGCCAAGGGUCUGGAGUCCCUGCGGGUCACGGGGCCAGGCGGGGUCCCCUGCGUGGGCAGCGAGCGCCGGCCCAAGGGGAAGAGCAUCCAGAAACGCCGUUCCAAAGGGGACAGGUGCUAUAAUUGUGGUGGGUUGGACCACCAUGCCAAGGAAUGCAAGCUCCCUCCUCAGCCCAAGAAGUGCCAUUUCUGCCAAAGCAUCUCUCACAUGGUGGCCAGCUGUCCAAUCAAAGCGCAGCAAUCAUCCCCGAGCUCUCAGGGAAGGCCCGCCUCUCUGAAGGGGGAGGAGGAAGAGCAGGGCCACGCCCCCCUCCCUCCAGAGAGCUCAGAUUGAGCAGGGAAGAGCAAGGAGCAGGUGCAGGGCCAAGGAGUGUCAAGGUCCAAUGGAUGGAUUUACCACAGUUCUCAAGAGAUGAACACAGAAGAAGAAAGUUCCUACUAAUUCUAUAGCUGCUUUUGGAACUACCUCAGGUUUUUAAAAUGAACAACAAAAAAGUGUUUACUGUGUAAUGGUGUAACAGUCAGGAAUAACCCUUCAGUCACACACUGUACAAUCAGUUAGCCUGUAUUCCUACUUGUUUAUAUACAUUUGCUGUGUAGAGGAAGGCCCCAUUGAUAUGAGUUGUCUGUUUCUUGUUCCCUCUGUGCUUCUAAGUGAAUUAUGUUUACUUUAUUUUUUAUAAAGAGAAGUUUUUAAACCCCUGUUUUUAGAUUGCUUGUUUGUCCUGGUUUGAAAUUCCUCCAACGUUUGUGAGUUUCAAAUAUAACGUAGAGCUCGGGAUGGCUGGAGACCAGAGGUCUUCUGUGCUGGAUAGUUGGAGAGUUUAGAUCUUUGGCACUGAUUUACUUUUAAUGGCUCAGUCAGUUCCUUCUGUUGGCACUUGAUAGCUUUAAAGGAAACUUCAUUUUUGCAGAUCUGUUUUGGCACUGCUGUGUGCAUUGAAUUAGUCUACAGAAAGCAUGAAAAAAUAGUAUUAAAAGCUCUUAUUUUUUUACUUCAUUUAGUUUCUCUUCGAGUCAACAGUGUUUUUCAGGGAUUUCAUCCCAAACCUUUAGGGUACCAAUACAUUGGGAUCUGUUAACUGAGAAAGUGCACAAAAGAAGUCUUAAACCCAAAAAAUUAAAUGACCUAAAUUAUGCAAUUUGCAUCCAAACAAGUUACAAAUAAUCCAAUUUAUUUAAAGAAGUCAGUUAAUAUUAUAACUUUAGACGUUCUGAAGUGUUGUGUACAAUUGAGCCGAGAUGAGAGAGAUGGGCUGGCGUCCCGGGCUGCCGGGAUAGGCUCCAGCUCCCCCAUAAUCCGUUGGGGAAAUGGAUGGAUAAAACAGAUGGGGAAAAAUGAACCUUUGGUACACUGGUUUCCCCACUGUACUGUCCAUGUGAAUAACAGGAAGAGCAAUUCUAAAAGGUUAUGGUUUUCCUGACUGUUACACCUUUGCGAUAUGAAUGAUGAAGGUGUAGUUCGUGGAUUGAGACAGUUGUGAAUGAAUGUUUCUA